AGAAAUAACAGUUUUAAAUACUCCGUAUGCUAGAAAAACUCAACAACACAAAAUACUAAAAAAAUUACAACUGAAAAAAUAAAAUUACAAAAAAAAAACUAAGAAAUAACUGAAAACAAGUAAAAGCAAAGAGCAGACUAACAUACGUAAGAAACAGAUCUGAAAGUAAAUCGCGGUAGGAUUCCAUUGGAACAUAAAAUUGCAAUGUCACCUAAUUUUCUGAUUUCUUGAGAUUACAGUUUAUGACCAAACAGUAUGCGGUGCGAAGCCAAGAUCCACCAGGAAGCUGUUGCCAGUAUUUGCAGGAGGAGCCUAAAAAAUUCUAGUAAGAGAUUGAGAUCAGAAAUUAAGGAGGAGGAGACUCAGAACUUGAGCGUGAAUCAAAGGAAGAAACAGAUCAGAAAGUAAAUGACAGAGAACAGAAGACAAGAAAAGGAGAUGAAGAAGAAAUAGGAGGGAAUGACGGGCAGAAGGAAAGAAGAAGGGCCAGGUAGCCCCGCCGCCGCUGCACCUUGUCUUCUCCGAUCCGUCACGCUUCAUCUCAUCAUCCGCUAUCGCCGGCGCCAUCUGUGUUGUUUCGCCACAGGGUCGCGCAGCUCUGUUUCGUUGUGGAAGUGCAAACGGAUUGAUGCAAGAGAAGAGACUUAGGGCCCGUUUCUUACGGUGUAAAGUAAACAUUUUGCGUGUAAAGUGAGAGGAAGUAAACACUUUACACCGUUUGUUUUAACUAUUUUAAUGUAAACUGUAGGGCACUUUUUUAAUCAUAUUUUACACUGUACCGUGUAAAAUAUUUUACGUGGGGGAGGGUUGCAAAGUAGUUUACAUCCAUUUUUGCGAGCGAUUAAAAGUUUAAAACAUAUGGCGGCAUCGAUUAAAACCUAUUUUUGCGAGCGAUUAAAACAUAUGGUGGCAUCGAUUAAAACAUAUGGCGGCAUCGAUUGAAACACGACUGUGGCGGCAAAGCAAAAAAAUUGGCGGCAAGAACUUCAUAAUUUCUUCUAUAUGAGCAAAUAAAAUCAUCAAACCAAUUCAUCAAAUCUCUUCUCCAUCCGCUCGACGUUAUCAAGAGGUCAGCUUCUAUACUUUGGUUUAAUUUAUAUAUACGUGUUUAUAUAUUCAAAUAUUUGAUCUGUAACUUUGAUUAUAUGCUGAGAUUUGAUGUAUACUUGAAUUUGAAAGCUAAACCAUGCAUAUCCGUUGUUUAGGUAUGAGAAAUACUUGGGUUGAUCAAAUAUAUAUAUGUAUUAUUUGUCUAUCUAUAUAUACACAAACAUAUAUGAAUAUAUGUAUAUACACGGCUGUUGUGAAGUUAGCAUUUGCAAUCUGAACGGGGAUUGGGGACUGGAAACCCAUGUUUGCAGAAAUAGGGAUUUUGAAGUUUUUUUGUUAAUUGAUGUGUGUUGUACUGCUUUUACUACUCCGUAUGAUGUAAUGGUCUCUGUUAUUAUACCAGUUAUGAUAUUUGAUGCUCUUAUACCCAUUAUAUUUGAUUUAUCAUUGUUAUUAAAAAGGCGUAUUUACCCUGUUCGGUUGUUCUAUUGUUGCCUAGCUUCUAACUAGAUGUUCCAGCUAAUUUUGAGUUUUAGUGUUAAUUUGGAACAAUUUUUCUUUGAUUGUGAUUUGUGAUAACAUCUUUUAAUUUCUAAUUAUCUAAUAUUGUAUCACAAACUUUUCAUAUUUUCAUUCUUAUUAUAACAAGCUUUCAAAAAUAAAUAAAUAAAUAAAUAAAUAAAAUUUGUAUGACACACUAAUUAAGUGGAGUUAUAUUUUUUUGGUGUUAGUGUUGACCAUGGACAGCUCAUUGCAAGACGAAAUUACAAUGUGCAUGGCAGCUUAUGUUGUUGCUUUAAAUUUUAGAAACUUUCUACUCAUUGUGCUUGCGAUGUAGAAUAUUAUAGAGACACUUUUAUUAUACGAAAGAGGAAGAGGUGUCAAAAAGGAAGUGCCUAUGAGAGGUAUGAAAUUAGACGAGUAAAUUUUAGAUGUUUGGGCUUCUUGGAUUAAGGGACAUAAAGAGUCAGUUCAUCUUAGACACAAGUCAUUCCCUUAUUAUGAUGACCUAGCAAUAAUAUUUGGUGCUGAAUGGGCAACUGGGGAUAAGUGUGAGUCUCCAGCUGAAAUGGUGACUAGUUUAGGAAAAGAAAGUGCACCUCAAGAAGGAGCUCAUGUUCCAAAAAGUGUUGUCCAUGAUGAUUUUUUUGGUGUACCUGUGGAUCUCGAUACUACGAAUGAUGAUAUUUUUUCAUCGCCUGAUAUCAACAGAAAUAAGAAGCGGACUCUUGGUAUUUCCAUCAAGAAGGAAUUUGAGGAGCCAUCAAAAAAGUCAAAGAAGAAUGAGUUUGAUAAACAUGCUGAAGUGUUCCAAAAAAAAUUGAAACAGUUCUCGAAAUGUGUGCUACAUCAAACAAGCAGUUUGAGAAAGUGACAACAUUUUUUGAUCGUUUUAAUGCUGCUGAUGAUGUUAAGCCACAUAUACUACAGGUGAUAAUGAAUCUGCCAGAUUUAAGUAAGGAGCAGGCGAUACGUGCAUUUGGAAUUAUAUCAUCUAGCAAAGGAAAAACGGAUUCUUUCUUACUCAUGCCAGACGAAGAGGCGAAGUUGAUUUAUGUCCGAGCUGUCUUGAACGGAGAAAUCUAAUUAGAGGCAUUUUAGUGACUUUCUAUGAAUUUUUUAUCAUUUAGUUUUAUUAAGACAAUAUUGGAUUUCUAUUUAAUCCUUUUACAUUCCUUCAAAGUGUUACUGUUUUGGUAGUUGAAACUACGACAAUAAAGUAAUUUUCAAUUUAAAAUUUUCAAUU